AUGCGCCACGCCCAGCGCUCUCCUGAGGGAGCUCUGCGUGCCCCCGUCGUCAACCCGGCCGACAAGCACCACGACAAGGCGGAGGGCCUGCACAAGUACGGGCAGUACAUCAUGUCGUGCCUGCCCAAGCACGUGCAGCAGUUCUCGGUGUGGAAGGACGAGCUGUGCAUCUACGUGCCGCCCUCGGGCCUGAUCCCGACGAUGACCUUCCUGAAAUACCACACGGCGGCCGAGUACACCCAGAUCUCCGACAUCACUGGCGUCGACUUCCCGACCCGCGACCAGCGCUUCGAGGUCGUCUACAACAUGCUCAGCGUCCGCUACAACUCGCGCAUCCGCGUCAAGACCUACGCCGACGAGGCCAGCCCCGUGCCCAGCGUGACGGGCCUGUUCGAGGGCGCCCUCUGGUACGAGCGCGAGGUGUACGACAUGUUCGGCGUCUUCUUCACCGGCCACCCGGAUCUCCGCCGCAUCAUGACCGACUACGGCUUCGACGGCCACCCGCUGCGCAAGGACUUCCCUUUGACCGGCUACACGGAGCUGCGGUGGGACGAGGAGAAGAAGCGGAUCGUCAUCGAGCCGCUCGAGUUGACACAGGCUUUCCGGAACUUUGAGGGCGGCACCACCGCCUGGGAGCCUGUUGGUCCGGGUACUAACCGGACUCCUGAGUCGGUAAAAAUGCCGAAACGCAAACUCUCCGAUUUGACGGACAAUGGUCCCCAAAAGCUCACCACCGAUAAAUCUGACCCCCGCUCCCUGCACAUCCAGACCGUCCGGCUCAAGCAGAAAUUCUCCCAGGGGGUCGAGUCGCUGGCCAAGGCGCUGAAGCUGGCGCGCGGGUUCGAGCGCCAGAAGUGGAAGCGCCGGGAGAAGAAGGUCAAGGAUGAGGGGAAGGAGGGGGCGGUGGAGAGGAUGGCUGAGGAGGCCGGGAUUUUGAGGGACUUGGACCCGAUCAAAACCGCACAGAAAUACCUCUACAAGCAACUCCUCAAAACGAAACGGAUCGCCGAGUCGCCUACUUUCAAGGAGUUCCAGGAACAUAUGGGCAGCAAGUUGUCGGCGGAGGGGCCGAAGAGUAAUUUCGAGGCGAAUGUCACGGCCCGCCUGUACAAGUCGACGCCGGUCAAGAAUGUGUUCCCGGGGAUUAUGGACGGGAUCCGGUCGUUGUUGAAGAUUGAUGACACGAAGCCUGCGCCGUCGAAGGCGACGGCUGAGAAGAAGACCAAGAAGGAUGAGAAGCCGAAGAAAAAGAUUGCGGCGGAGGAGGUUUCGGAUAGCGAGUCGGAGAAGGGCCGGUCACGACUGCAGCGCGCGAGUGGGGAGGGCGACGGAGAUGUUAGUAUGGACGAUUCGGAGAGCAUUGACUACGCGAUGUACGAUGGGUUACUCGCGUCGGGCUCUGAAAACGAAGACGAGGACGACGCGGACGAUAUCCGGCGGCAGAUGCUUGGCGACGGCGAUGACGGCGAUGACGACGAUGAAGAUGAUGAGGAGGACGAGGAUGACAUUGAUACUCGCAUGUUACAGCGACGAGCCCCCUCUGAUAUGUCAAUCUCGCGCUCUCCCUCCCCGGAGGUAGACGAGGAAGAAGAAUCCGAUUCGCCCCCCUCGAAGAAGGCCAAGCCAGCCCAGAAAGGCAGCGCAAAACCCGCAACCAGCACUACCUUCUUGCCCUCUCUCAUGAUGGGCGGAUACUGGUCAGGGUCGGAGUCUGAAGCCGAGGAUGUCGACAAAGAAGCCGCUGAACCACCACGACGCAAGAAUCGAAUGGGUCAACAGGCGCGUCGGGCGCUGUGGGAGAAGAAGUACGGUGCGGGAGCAAACCAUGUCAAACAACAACAACAGAAAGGCAGGAAAGGGAGGGAUGGUGGCUGGGAUCCGCGAAAGGGAGCGACAGACGGCAAUUCUAUUCCCAUGGGCAGAAGGAGGUUUGAUCAUGGUGCAGGUUCCGCACCAGGCCGGCCGCAGCACGAUGGUGGUCGAGCUCAACGAGGACCCCCGAAGCCACAGGAUGAUAAACCCUUGCAUCCAUCCUGGGAGGCAGCAAAGAAGGCCAAGGAGCAGAAUGCUACGGCUUCAUUUGCGGGUAAGAAGGUCGUGUUCGAUUAG